AUGGAGAAGAUUGUGUGCACCCCUUCCUCCUCAGCCUUUCCAGGGCCAGGUGGGCAGAACGGAACCAUCUCUGAGUUUUACAAAGAGCAGAAGGCACAGCUGGUUUCCCUGGCCAACUCUCAAAGCCAGUGUGCGCUUCGAACCCUGUGGUGGUGUACUUCCUGCCCGCUCAACCCUGAAGGUGGCCAGGAUUGCUUACCACCUGCAGUGACCUUCCGGAGGAGGCGCCUGGCACGGAGGCUGGGCUACAUGAGAGGCGCAGCCGGGCCCCGGAUUGGGUUUCUCUGCCCAGCGGCGGCCGCUCCGUUACGGGCCCAGGGAGGGGCGUGCGGUGAGGAGUGCCACCAGUCUGAGUCCAGGGCCGGACAGUGUGACCGUGAUCCUGGAGGCCAUCGGCGAGGCCCCUCAGUUGGGAGCCUUGUUCCUAGGAGCACAGCAGCCUCGGCUCCGACCCCCGUGGGCUGCCUCGGCCUGGCUCUGGCCCCUGUAAGAGGACCCCCAGGGCUCUUUGGGAUUCAGCUCAGAGCUGCCACCACACUACCUGCCAGGCUGGCCAGGUCGUGUGGCCCUGGGGACGCUGGGGGGCAGGACGAGCUUCCGUCCAUGGACAGUUCCGAGGCUCCCGGCCUUGGCUGGGGUGCUGCCAGGGGUGGAAGAGCAAAGGGUACCUGGACAAAAGGCCAUCUGGCCCCAGAGGAGGUGACUGGCAACAGCUGCAGCCUCGGAAGUGGCCCCAGGGUCCCCUCAGCCCCUGCCGGCUCUCAGGACGCCUUUACUUCAAGCUUUAGCUUCAUACGGCUCUCGCUUGGCUCUGCUGGGGAGCGUGGAGAGGCGGAGGGCCGCCCGCCCUCCAGAGAGGCCGAGGCCCCUUGUCAGAGCCCCGAGGAGACGGAAGCCACGGCUGCCAGCCUGGACAGGCCACACGAACACCCUCGACUUCUCUCUCCUCACUUGAGUCUCAAGACCCCUCAGCACCUGGCAGACUCUGCGCAGGCCGCAGGGGGCAGCUGCGGGCCGGAGAGGGAGCCGCUUUCCUUACUGGACACGGACACCGCCUCCUCCUGCUCCCCGGGCCCCUCCUGGCCUGCGGGCAGCAGCUUGGGGGACUCUCAGCACUGGGGGACCCUGCUCAGGAGGUGCGCGCCCGUUCUGCUGGACUGCCUGCUGAGCGACCAGAGGUGGCUGGAGGUAAAAUCCCUAAGAUUAAAGCUUCAGAAACUUCAAGGAAAAGCAGUUGAAGAUGAUGAUUAUGAUAAAGCUGAGGCACUGAGACACAGAUUGGAAGAACUGGAGAAAGAGAAGAGCAGCCUGCACUUCCAGCUUCCUUCCAGGCAGCCGGCCCUCUGCAGCCUCCUGGGCCACCUGCACGCACAGGCCCAAGCCGCAGUGCGCCUCAGGGCCACUCAGCCGGCCUGCGGUGAUGACCCCCACGGCCCACCCAGAAUGGAGCCGAAGCUGUUGGAACCCACUGCUCAGGACACCCUGCAUGUGUCUAUCACCAGACGAGACUGGCUUCUUCAAGAGAAGCAACAGUUGCAGAAAGAAAUCGAAGCUCUCCAAGCAAGAAUGUCUGUGCUGGAAGCAAAAGAUCAGCAGCUGAGAAGGGAAAUAGAAGAGCAAGAGCAACUCCUCCCAUGGCAGGGCUGCGACCUGACCGCCCUGGUGGGGGGGCUGUCCCUGGGCGAGCUGCAGGAAGUCAGCAAGGCCUUGCAUGACACGCUGGCCUUAGCCAACCAGAUUCCGCUCUGUGCAGAACCACCUGAAACCAUAAGGAGCCUCCAGGAGCAGAUAAAAUCCCUCAACUUGUCACUCAAGGAAAUCCCUGCUAAGGUGUGUAUGAGCGAGAGACUCAGUAGCACUCUCAGGAAGAAAGUAAAUGACAUCGAAACCCAACUCCCGGCGUUGCUUGAAGCCAAAAUGCUUGCUGUAUCAGGAAGCCAUUUCUCUACAGCCAAGGAGCUCACAGAGGAGAUUAGAUCAUUAACAGCAGAAAGGGAAGGGCUGGAGGGACUCCUGGACAAGCUUCGGGUGCUGAGUUCCAGGAAUGUCCAAAAGCUGGGCAGUGUUAAGGAAGAUUACAGCCGACUGAGAAGGGAGCUGGACCAGGGGGAAGCUGCCUAUGGUAAGUAG